AUGGAACAUAACCUCUUCUUCAGUCAUUUUCUGCGCUUCUUGGGAAUUCAGGUAUACCUGAAGGGUGCGCGUCUUCACCGGGAUGCAACCACUUCCAUGCCAGGGUGGUCCGGGUGGGAACACGCCGUGAACAUCGCCACCCUGGCCGACCACACCCAGUACCUGGUGGACGUGGGCUACGGCGGCGACGGCCCCAUCCUCCCCGUGCCCUUGCUUGUCACAACCCCUGAGGUGAGGCUUCCCAACCUGGGCAUCCAAGAGCUGCGGUUACUGUACGACACCGUGCCGGGCCUCUCAUGUCAGCAAGGCCAGAAAUCCUGUCGUCCAUGCUACGCCUUCUCCGAUCUCGAGUUCCACCCUCGCGACUUCGAGGUCAUGAACUUCUACAUCAGCCAGUCCCCGGCUAGCUUCCUCACCACACGCGUCCUGGUCAUUCAAUUCCUGCAGCGGGAGGGUCAGAUCUACGGAAAAGUCGUUCUGAAUCAGGACAAGGUCAAGGUCAUCACGGGGGACAAGUCCGUGCUGGUCCAAACGUGUGCAACCGAGGCAGAGCGGGUUACGGUGUUGCGAGGGCGGUUUGACAUUAUCCUGGCGGGGGAUGAGCAGGAGGCGAUCUAUGGGAGAACCUCCGCUCUCACCAGAUGCUGA